AUGAAUCCCCAGCCAUCACACGUUGAUCCUACCCAACCUUCGGCCCCGAAGCUUGACUCCAAGUCCUAUACCGCUCAACGACUUCAACAUGCGACUCCCAACCACCUCCACAUCACCGCCAGGCGCCACUUCAUCGGACCCAUUCCCGAGGGCUGGCUGAAGACCCAUCGACGCGAGCGGUAUCAGCAUCGUUUACACAUCAACUACUCCUCCCGAGCCGUCACCUUCUCAGCCAACCCAGAAACGGCACGACAGCGACGAUUGCUUGGUCUUGUGGGCCCGAGCGCAUCGGCUUCGUUUGCCGCGAGCUUUCCACAGCCUGGGGAUCUUACGGAAGCGGACUCGGAAGAUGACGAUGGGGAUGCUGAUGCCACGAUUGCUGCCCCAUCGGCAUCGCCCGCGCCAGGAGAACGAUCGCCCGACGAUGAUGGAGCCGGAUCGCUGGAACGAGAUGUUUCUGGGGAGCAAAUGGAGGACAUCAUAGAGGAAUCGAGACCGUUACGAGAAGCCGAAAUGUCUUCAGAUGCAGAGUCAAUACAAUCCUCGCAGUCCAGUAGCAGGACGAGGUCGGCGCAGGAGGAGGUGCUCAUGACCGACCAGCCGAACGGAGAGCCAAGGACAAAUGCGCAGUCUGACAAUGACCCAGGUCCAGCUGGAGACGAGGAGCAAGCCAAUUCAGAUGCAACAGAAACUCGCAGGGUGUCAAGCCUAUUGGGUGUUCCUGGGUCGGAUACCGGUCCUCUCGAGCCCACUUCGUCCAAUGUCUCUCUUCUACGACAUGGUCUCGACGGAGCAUAUACCCGCGACCAGGAUCCAACUAACGGGCCGGGCCUCCAUCUAGUCCAUGGCGAUGACGAGGAAGCGCGUAUUGAACCUGAUGCCGAACAAGUGACCGGUUCCAAACGGUCAGCUCGUAGGAAAAGCCGUGGAGUAGUUCACUUCGAUAUAGCGGAAGAUUCCCGUCGCGCACAUCUUUUAGCCAAAGCUCGGGCGGGACAGGUUUCCAUGCAAACCCGUGCAGGGGCGCUAUUCCGUCGUCGACGUCAAGAAGGCCAAAUCGUAAAGAUGGAGAAAAUGCUGAUCCGCGUGGACUUGUCACCGGACACGAAGCUGCCGGCAGACUACGAUGAGAACUGCAGCGAGAAGAUAAUCACACGGACUCUCGAGAAGUGGCGGGAGUACAUGGUGGUGUGUCGAGAAGGCGGGGAGGACGGCGCUGGGUUCGUGCUGCAGAUCUAUGAGACGCGAGUGAUCCCGGAGUUUGAGUUGAACCUGGACCUGAAACGCGUUCGCGUCAACCUCUUCAGCAGUUUGGACAAGACCUUGGUGCUCUGGGAGUCUUUUCCACGAGGCACGAGGAUAUUCUUGCUGCGAACACGAUCGGGAAUCGCUGGGGUGGAGUGGCAUACGUUUCUGCGAAACAUCCUAGGCUGGAGGCGAGCGGCAGAACUCCAGGUGAACGUCCCCGACCUAAACGAUCUCGAGGAGUCUCGGGAUCUUCUGCCGGCUGCGGAGGGGGAUGACACUGCUAUCACUAAGACGUUGGAGCAAGAGCAGGCGGUCGCAAGCCAAAUCGUUUCGCGAUGUCUUAUCCUUCUGAAAGAAUCCUCCCAGUUUCGCGACGUCAUGGAAGUGCUUGCAGGAGAAGACCGGUCGUUUGGUCUAGCGUGGAGACGGUAUGAUCGUUUGGAAUGGAUCCAUGGCGCGAAUGAACGCAAGAUGUACGGCACGCUGGCAAUGAUCAAGUCUCAUGACCUGGAACUCCGACAAAAACGACAUUACGCGACCACAGUGCGAGUGAACGGCGGCGAAUUCAUCACGGAACCUCUGCCUGUCGAAGGUUUCUUGGUUCGACUGACUUCGCAGCGGGGUGUUCAUCAGAGAAUGGGCAAACUGUUCCACAAACGGUUGUAUUUCUCGACCCAUGAUGAAUUUCUCGUCUUCAACCGCCCAGCGAAGGUAGUGCCGCCGCCUCCUCCCACCCUUGCGGAAUCUAGGAGCACCGAAGUCCCAGCGAGUGAGGAGAUCGUGGAACCACCGCCGCUCAUGUACAACAUCGAUCCAUUCCCGGUCAAGGAUGAUAGAAUACAGUGGCUGGGGUCAAGAGCAUCGGAAACCACAGCCUCUCAUCACGAUCGAGGGGCCUAUGCUGAGAUGCAGAGGAAGGUCAAUAUCCUUGCGGAAUGCGACGGGUGCAUCAACCUCUGCAAUGUGACCAAGGUGCGAAACGUGGUGCGCGGUGACACCGUCGCUGACGACAACGUCGAUGAGGGUCCUGAUGCGGAUUAUGAUGAAGAAGUUCCGGAUACAUAUAGAGAAGAUGGGAUGUCCGGAAACUUCGACGACGACCGGACGUUCGAACUGGUCCUCCGAAACGGUUUGAUCAUCCGCUUGCAGGCGUACGAUAAAGUCACGAAAAACGAGUGGAAACGCUGCCUCCGUGAUCUUGUGCGGUAUUGGAAGGCCCGCACGAAGAUGGACGUCACCCUUCUGCAGCUGGUUCGGAAACAAAAUCUCGAACAGCUACGCAUCGACGAGGCUGCGGAAGCCAUCGUCGGUCAAUAUGCACGGAAGUGGGAAGUCACGAAUUCGUUCGCCUCUUCGGACAUAUACAACAUGUGCGGCCCGUCGUGUUGUCGAGCGAUCCACCUGUCCGGCUCCUUGUUCCGCAAGCCCCGGAAGCACACCAAUUUCAUCCGCGUCUCGGUCAUCCUAACCCAAGGCAAGCUCCUCAUCUUUUCGUCCAGCCUUCGCACGCAGUCCGGCAUCCAAGUGCCACAGAUUCACCACGAAAAAGUGCAGGCCAUCGAUUUGAGCGAGUGUUACAUCUAUUCGGGGCCCUUGACCGAGCCAGAGCUGCUGUAUCAGAAUCGAACGUUCGACAGCAACCGCCCCGGCCGAACGGCGCUGCCGCGGCUCUAUCGGGAAGACGGCUGGACCAGCCAAGACGAUGAUCUGAUGACGAGCUUCGUGAUUUGGCACAGCAAGCGGAAGAGCUUCUUCCGCAGUCAGGAGCUGGAGGAAUCCAAAAAGACUCCGGCGGAUCCACAGAUCGAUGCAAGGCGUGAAUCGGCCGGCUCAACCGGAUCCGGCUCGCGCAGCGGACUGGAAACCCGAAUGCGAUCACGGCUGAAGAGGGUCAGUCAGCUGGGCGUGACGGGGCGAAACGAGGUGUUCCGGACGAGGAGCCGCGCGGAAAGAGAUCGAUGGGUGCUAGCGAUCGGUAUGGAGAUUGAACGUCAGCAGGGCGUGGAGGAUGUUCGCAUUGCAGGGCAACCGGGCUAG